GUAAGCCAAAACGGGGCGCAUAAAUUGAAUGGAGACGUCUGAUCACUCUAUAUAAGUACAGCAAUCAAAAACAAUCGUCGCAUUUAUUAAGGAUUCCGAGGCUGCAUGAAAAGACGUUACAGCACAACCAGAGGUACACGGGCGUCUGAAAAUGCAUCAUCAGCAACAAUAGAUUGUUGAGCUCGCUAAAACGGGUGGCAAUUGUAUUGUUAACUAUUCAGUCUGUAGUACUGCUUUGCCAAGCACAGCCUCACAUACUACAACAAACUAUUGAAGCUAAAUUGCAGCGUACGCUGUUACGGAGUAAUUCUAAACCCUACGAAACGUUAACAUAAAAGAAGAAGCCUGCAAGUAACCAAUCGUCACCUGCUUAUCUAAGUCCUUUUGCUGUCGAUGGUGAUCAGGCGGCACAUUCAGAUCGGCUCGUGAGCGAACACUUCCGGGUUAGUAACUGCAGAGGCUUUCGUGUGACUCCCUGUCAGAUCAGCGCGAGCAUCAGUAGUUGCAGUAGCGACGCCGGCACAGGCUAAAGAAGGCGAGAAGAAGAUCCAGUAUUACAAAAAAAAUGUCUUCUGAGCUAGCAACAAAUAUUAAUAUAAGAGAACCACGUUGGGAUCAAGGCACAUUUUCUGGAAGAGCAAAACACUUUUUCACUGUUACUGAUCCCAGAAAUGUCCUCUUGUCCAAUGAACAGCUAGAGAGUGCCAGAAAAAUAAUACAGGACUACAGGCAAGGUGUUGUGUCUCCUGGCCUCACAGAAGAUGAGCUAUGGAGAGCCAAGUAUAUCUUCGACUCUGCAUUCCACCCAGACACGGGAGAAAAGAUGAUCCUGAUCGGCCGGAUGUCUGCACAGGUGCCUAUGAACAUGACCAUUACAGGGUGCAUGAUGACCUUCUACAAGACAACUCCAGCUGUUGUCUUCUGGCAGUGGAUUAAUCAGUCCUUUAAUGCAAUAGUCAAUUACACAAAUAGAAGUGGAGAUGCACCAAUCACUGUCAGUCAGCUUGGUACAGCCUAUGUAUCUGCGACCACGGGUGCCGUUGCUACAGCUUUAGGACUAAAUGCACUAACAAAGCAUGUUUCUCCACUGAUAGGGCGGCUUGUUCCAUUUGCUGCUGUGGCAGCAGCUAACUGCAUCAAUAUACCACUUAUGAGGCAGCGGGAACUGAAAUUUGGCAUUCCUAUAACGGAUGAAAAUGAUAACCGAUUAGGGGAGUCAUCAAAGGCAGCUCAGCAAGCAAUUACACAGGUAGUCGUUUCCAGGAUUCUUAUGGCAGCACCUGGCAUGGCCAUCCCACCUUUCAUUAUGAACACUUUGGAAAAGAGAGCUUUUUUAAAGAGAUUCCCUUGGAUGAGUGCUCCAAUUCAAGUUGGGCUUGUUGGAUUUUGUUUGGUAUUUGCAACUCCUUUGUGCUGUGCAUUGUUCCCACAAAAAAGCUCAAUGUCUGUUAGUCGUCUGGAGCCUGAAUUGCAGGCAAAAAUACGGGAAACAAAUCCUGGCAUAGAACGAGUUUACUUCAACAAAGGACUCUAAAUCAACAAGCUCUCUUCUCUCUAUGAACAUGCAAAAGAGCACAGUUUGUUCAACAUUUUAUGUUUUUGUGCCAAAGUUUUAAUAUUUCCACAAUAUUUUUUCCUUGUAUAUUUUAAUGGUUUUAAAUUACUUUUAACAUAUCAGUUUUUUAACUGGUUCAGAACUCCCAGUGAUAAACAGCUGCUCAUUCAUUCUUUUAAAGUCAGUAUUUUGCUUGCCAGAUACAACUGGUACAUUAUGUUUCCUGAUUUUACUGCCUAAAAUUAUUUUCAAAUGUUAAUGAAAUGGGGAAUUCAUUGUCAUAAAAUGACACCUUUUGUUUGACAGUUCUAUUCUAAAAGUAGAAGUUUAUGAAAAGAUUCAGUGAUUAAAGAAAAAUAACCUUAUUGAUUUUAUAUAUAAUUUUAAAGAUUGUGAAUUAAGGGAAUGCACAGAUCUUUAUGUGCAGUUGUGAUUUUGUAUGGUAAUGAUAAAAGAAUUGCAAUCCACUAAUGCAGUAUACGUUUAAAUCUGCUAAGAAAUGCAGUAGGUGGCACAGAUUUAUAUGUCUUGUACAAACUCCUUAAAUUCUUUUGCCCUUUGUGAGAGUGCAGAUGGACAAAAGGUGCCAAUUAAUCUACAGUAACUUUUGCCUUUAUACACAAAUUCUUUUUAUUGGGGUUCUUAGUUAAAAAUACACAUUUAAUCUGAGAUUCAUUUUGGAUUUCUUCAAUAGCAAAUGCUAUUGCUUUAAUUACAUGGUUUUUACUUUUUGUGCCAUUGUAAUGUAUUAGAUAUGGUAGAGCUAAUCCACAAUAUUCUGAAUCUGCUGCUAUUCCUGAAUCACUGGAAUCAAUGUGAUAUGCCAUUCCGAAAUUUAUAACCAAGUUUUGUUUUGUCCAGCAGGUAGCAAUCUUACAAACUCCAAAACUUGUUUGUGGACAAAAAUAGUAUUUUGCCAAAAUCAUGUAUUAUUUUUUUUUGUACUGUAUGUCAAAAUGAAACACAUAUAUGCCUUUGUAUUUGUCAUGUACAUAUUAGUCCAUACUAGUCUCCAUAUUUUUGUUACAAUGGCCAGAAAUGGAAGUUUAGACUUUUGUUGAAAUAGAAAUAGUCACAGUGCAAGAUUUGAGUUCCACGGUAGGAUUGACUUUACUUUAUGGAAACUAGCAGAACUGAAAACAAUAGGAGUCUUAAUUAGAGUCCCUACACCAGAUGAAAGAAAGGCAACUUUAAGUAAAAGUUCAUUUAAAGUUGACUUCAUAUUUAGUACUGUGCAAGGUUAUCAUAUUUAGGGCCAAGAUUGUUUUUAAUCGAAGCUAUGGCUAACAAAUUUUAAAAAAAGAUACAGAGAUAUUCACAUCUUUGUCAAAGCACAGGGUGAUUUUGAAUUUAUAAUGCACAUUCCUCUUAUCAAAAGAAAAACAAAGUGAAAAUCUGUAGAGUGGAUAAGGCAUGAGUUGAUAUAUGUAUAGGUAGGUAGAUGGAUGAACUUUAUAGGAAAAAGAGAAAACAUUUGUAUGAACGUUGUAUGUUUCAAGUAGACAGACAAAAAUAUUGUGUUUGUGGAAGAGCAUGACCCGCCAGUACCCCCCUGGAAACGUGAUCAAAAGGCAAACAUUAUGGUUAAUCAUUUUAUUUAUUACAAAAAAGAACAAACUGAGGUGCAUCUCCAUUGCAGUUUCACUCAGAUAAGGUAUCUGCUGUUGUCAUUAGCAAUGUAUGAGACUGUUUCUCUUUGGUGUGAUGUUCACAAUCAUAUAGUUUUUAAAUUUGUUACAGACCUGAAAUUAUGUACUGUAUCAGACUCUACGCACCAGCAAAAUGAUGCUUAGAAAGCUGUACUGCUUCCUAUUGUCCUUCUUCAUGGUGAAUCAGGAUAAUGCAAGAUUCUGCUGAUUACAACAUGCCAACCUGUCAGUGAUUUAAAUAACACGGUGCUGGUUUUUAAGUGAGCAGCACAAAAUGUCAACCUCCAUAUGCCACCUGCAAGCUGGACUGGUGGAGGUUCUGCUAGUCCACAGCUGCCUGUAGAUGCCGUUUUUCUAGACUCUGGUAGGUCUGUAGAGAAAUGUAUAUCAGAGUUUUGGAUGACUUUGAACUAGCAAAAUUCAAAUGACACUUUUAGAAAUGUGUUGUUUAUGCAGUCUGUUUUUAUAAAACGAUUUUAAGUCAAAUUACAAUAAAAGGUACAGGCACAAAUUCGUACAUAUGCUGUUUAUAUGCAAUAUGUUUUUAGACCUAUACAAAAUAGGUUUUAUGUGAAUUCUUUUAUAGAUAAAAGUAUAAAAUCCCAUUUUUAAUUUUUUUUUUUAAGCGAACAGAUUACUGGCACUUUUGGUGUAAUGCACCUAUGAUACUAAUUCUAAAAACUCUUCACUGAUAAAUGACUUUUAAAUAUAUGUGUAUGUGUGUGUGUGUAUUUGUAUGUGUGUGUGUGUGUGUGUGUAAAGCCUACACAAUAACCUAUAAAGAACUUUUAAAUGAGUAUGUGUGCAUAACCUAUUUUCUUACCCUACCAGUGGUGUUAAAACCAAAUACAUUUGUGUUUGUAGCACAGUACUGUACAUUGUCACAUAUCAAACAGACCUGGGUUUCUGGGUUGGGGUAUCAGCCUAGCAAACCAAAUUUAAUUUUGACAAGAACAGAAAACAGAAGGUUUCAACACAAAAAUUAGCAGUCACCUCCAUGUCCUCUCUGGCUUCCAGAUUUAGUUGUAGAAGUAAGAAGAGUUCUGUCUCUGCCUCAUGCAGGUCCUAUAAUGAACACCCAUGUACAGUCUGUGGACUGAAUAAACUGCACUCAUUCCAGAAGGGGUGGGGCUUCCAGAGCCCUUCAGAGCAUAGGCAGGGACCCUUUGAUGCUUGCCCUUCAGAGCUGAGAAGGAACAGGAAAAGGUAGUUCGCAACAGUGCCCACUCUUGUCCUGGUUUGGAAUUGCUUACCUCAGCAGAGCCUUGAGGAUGCUUCCUAAGCACAUAUGUCUGGUAACAUGUUCAUUCAUUUGAAAUAAGAUAGGGCUUUUUUCCUCCAUAUAAUUUAGGUUUUGAUGCCCUGUCUGCUGCUCUGGUGCUUGUCAAUUACUAAGGUUAUAGAAAAUAAAUGUUAUUCAGAAGUGGUUUAUUUGUCCUGUACCUCAAUGUCAAUUAAAACUUGUAUGUUUUGAAUGGGAUGGGCAUACAAGAACAAACACAAAUCAUCUUUUUUUACAUAAGACUGAUUGCUUUAACUUCUGGAACUCUUCUUGUGAUACACUGUAUCAAACAGAACAAGGUACUACAAAAUCUGUGUUCUUUGUAAAAUGUAUUUGUCACAAAAGAACCGAGAUGAACUGUAUCAAUGCAACAGGGGGUUACUGGUGGAUAUAAUGGUACCAUAACAUAUUUUAUAAUCAAGUCUUAAUUUUGCCAAAUGUGCAAUAAUUAAUUGAAGUGUAUUAGAGAGGUGGUUACUUUAUUAUUUGGUUUCCAUAAAUUUUUCAUAAUUUAAAAUUUUAAAUCCAUAAAUAAUAUGGUAGGAGAAUGUUUUGAUGGUGUUACAUAGUUAAUGAAGGUGUUGUAUUGUGUAGACUAACUGAAACAAUAAAGAGAUUCCUAUCCAAA